AUUGACCUGUCCAUAUCUUGUCAGAGAAAGAAAGGCUAGGCUUUGAAGGGACUCAGUAGUGAAGCGAGAUCGCCUGCUAGUUGGAAUGUCGCCAGUGGUUGGCUCACCUCGGUUUGGCGAUGAGCUCUCUCCCUCUCUUUCUCCCUCGUGUAACACCUGAAAGGGUCCCAGUGCAUGAAUGAAUGUGGGUGCUGGAUUGGCUCUCUUGACACAGGUUAUCGUACAGUACGCAAGGGAAGGCAGUGUGCCAAAACGCUAUCUGUGUGUCUGUCAUACGCACUUGUGGAUAUACAUUGCUGCUGGAUUUUAACCAGUUCAGACAGAAUAUGUGGGAUUUUCAUAUUUGAAAACAUGUGAGAUUUGGAUGCUUCCUGCAAUAGACAAGUGACUGAGUUGUGAUACAUUUGCCAAUCUAUGCUAGUAGCUCAACUAUGAAACACCACCGUCAUCAUCUGCAUAUCAACACUCUUGGAUUCUAUCACAUCUUGCCAUAAACCAGAAGAUAGAGGUGUCCUUGUUAGUAUGAGGUGCUAAUUGCAUGUGAAUCAUGAUGUUCAGUGCCAAAAUGUCACAUUACGGAAUGUUCCUGUUAAACCUUGUGCUUCUGGCGCUGGUCCUACCCAGAUGCCUUGGCUUCUCCCUAGAUGGUUCUGCAGGGUCUUAUGCAAAAUUUCCUGGCUGGGAACCAUGCUUAAAUGGAACUCUAAGUUUUGAAUUUCAAACAGAUCGUCCAAAUGCAUUGCUAUUUUAUUUUGACAGUGGCCAAAAGAAGUACUUGGAGCUUAAACUUGUUGGCGGCAUUGCCAAAUUGAAAGUUAAUUUUGGCAAAGGACUUGUCAUAUUAUCUGCUGGGUCAAAUUUGAAUGAUAAUGCUUGGCACAAAGUAGAGAUUAUUCGAAAUAAUUUGGACACUACAUUACUGGUGGACUCAAUUGAAUUCAGAAGAAAAUCAUUAGGAGUUGAUUUCGAUUCAGAAAAUGUUACUGAAGAUAGAUUCUUAUUCAUGGGUGGAUUACCUGAAGAAUAUGAUCGUGAACUCUCAAAACUGUCACUUCCAUCAGUCCUCUUUGAACCAAAGUUCCGUGGGUCUAUUCGGAAUGUGUUUUAUAGUAAUUGUGGUGCUUUACCUGAAAGGCCAGAAAUGAUCGAUUCACAAGGAAUUCUGGAUAAUGAAGCCGAUUUAUGCGAGCAAGGGAACCCCUGUUUAAACAGUGGAUCCUGUCUGACAACUGAUCAUGGCCUCGUAUGUGACUGUACACGUACAGAGUUUCAAGGAGAGAGAUGCGAAAUUGAGAAGAUUCCAUCGGAUGCCACAUUCCUUGGAGCGCAGUAUUUUAGUUACGAGCUUAUUAGUAGAGGUGACCCUAUUGUCAGCAACAGUGAUGAAUUGAAGUUGGAUUUUAGGACAAAACAAGUCAAUGGAAUACUGUUUUUCACAGGUGAUCUUAAAGAUUACUUGAAUGUAGCAGUAAGAGAUGGCGGAAUAAUUGUUACAAUCAAUCUGGGCUCAGGGGCUUAUGAAGCCGAGGUCCGACCAAGUCAUGUGCGUUUUGAUGAUGGCCGCUGGCACCACCUUGUGGUCAGAAGAGAAGCAAGGGAGCUUACUAGGGACAAAGGGGUUUGCUUUAUAUCAGUUGAAGUGGAUGGUGUCCAUAGAAAGUCCGGCAGCACAACUGGCCAGUUCACCUUAUUGUCCAGCAGUCUCCUAUAUGUUGGAGGGAGCCCCAACACUGCCACGCUGGUUGGUUCAAGGGUCACCCAGAACUUCAAGGGAUGUAUGCGGAAGGUACGAUACAAGGCAGACACCAUCGACCUUGACCUUACAGAACUGGCCAAAACAGAUCAUGGUCUGAUAACAGUCCAUGGUGGUGUCAUCUUCAACAAGUGUCAGGAGCUGGUGGAAUCCCAUCCCAUCACCUUCGCAACCCCCAACUCAUUCCUCACACUCCCCACAUGGGAUGUCAGGGAUAGGAGAGGCUCCAUUGCCUUCCAGUUCCAGACAACAGAACCCAGUGGCGUCAUCAUGUUCAAUCCUGGCCCUGAUGGACAUGCAGACUUCUUUGCUGUAGAGAUGCUGGAUGGUCAUUUGUACAUGAUUGUUGACCUUGGAGAAGGAUCAAAGAAGGUCAAGGCCAGUCGGCAUCCAGUCAGUGAUGGCAAUCCGCAUGAAGUUUACAUUGACUAUCAGGGUCCACAAGGGUACAUUACCCUUGACGGACAGAAGGAGUCCUAUUACACUGAUGGGAAGGAUGUUGAUUUGAACUUGUCAGGAAUAUUCUUCUUGGGUGGAAUAAGUAAAAAACAUGACACAUCCAAGCUGCCACAUUCCAUGUGGGCGGGGAUGCUUCGGCAUGGCUUUGUUGGAUGUCUUCAAGAUUUGGUUGUCAAUGGUAACAAAGUUGACCUGGUUGCCACGGCAAGAGCUCAGCGUGCACAGGGAAUUGCUGAAUACUGCCACCGUAUGGAGCCUCAAUGUGCAAGUCACCCAUGCAUGCACCGAGGACAGUGUCUGGAAGGCUGGAACAGAUUUGUCUGUGACUGUAGAUCUACAGGCUUCAAUGGAGAUGUCUGCCAGACAGCUGCUACAAGUCUCCGCUUUGAUGGCACUCAGUAUGUCAAGGUCAAGUUCCCAGAAGAGUCAUCGACAGAAGCUGAAGACAUUUCCAUGCGAUUCCGCACAAUGCAUCCCAAUGGCUUGCUGUUCAUGACAACCUCAGACAAAACAUCAGACAGGAUGGAGCUGUACCUUGAGGCUGGGGCUCUAGAACUAAGGGUUGAUGUUGGCAGUGGCACUAAGGAACUGACAGUGGGGAGUGUCCUGAACGAUGACCGCUGGCACACUGUUGUCAUCAAACGUCGAGCCCAGACUAUUGAACUUGGUAUCGACUCUCACAGACCCGUUACAGACCAGCUUCCAGGACAGGAGACCUCCUUAGAUUCCAACGUCAUUUACAUUGGCUCUUUAGAGCCCCUUGCUGCUGCUGACAUGGGUGGGAGAGUGGAGGAUCUGGACUUCCGUGGCAUCAAGAUCGGUCACAUGAUGCUAGACGAUAAUUCUCUCGGGGACUACUCGGGCUUCAUCGGAUCUAUGCAACAGUUCCUCUUUAACAAGAAUGCAUUCUUCGAGCUGGCUAAAAUAGGAGAUAUAGAAAACAUUGUUGUGACAGCUAGAUUUAGCACUGAUGACUAUGUUGUGAGGGACCCUGUAACCUUCAAGUCAGCAUCUGCAUUUGCAACUUUGAAUCAGCUUCAAGCGUAUGAGGAUUUUUCAUUAUCAUUUCAAUUCAAAACAACAGAAGCUUAUGGAUUAUUGUUUUAUAACUCUGGCAGAGGGCAGGAUUUCUUUGCAAUAGAAAUGUCAGAAGGAUAUUUGUACUAUGUAUACAACAUGGGAGAUGGCUCAGAACGGAUACGGGCCAACUCCAAGUCAGUGUUGAACGACAACAAAUGGCAUGAGGUGAAGUUGUUGCGUCCACAAACAUACAAACAGCUGAUCAGGGUGGACGACAAUACCCCAACCGUGGACAACCUACAGGGAGCCCACGCUGUUAACUUCAAUUUGGAAGGACAUUUGUAUGUGGGUGGAGUGAGGAAGACAAUGUACCACUCUCUGCCGAAAAAUAUCAAGUCUCGCCAUGGGUUCCUGGGUUGUUUGGGUUCUUUGGAUUUGAACAGUUACUUGCCACAGCUUGUGAAGGAGGCGGACACCAUACAUGAGUCCGUGGUAGAGGGAUGCAAAGGCCCCACGACCCAGUGUCAGGCUGACUCCUGCAACAACUACGGCCGCUGUGUCCAGCAGUGGAACUCCUACAACUGUGACUGCGACAUGACAUCAUUUGAAGGCACCACAUGUAAUGAAAAGAGCACCAGCUAUGAGUUUGGCCCUAAUGGUGGCAUGGUGAUCUUGUCCCACCCUCAAGGAAAACAUCCAAAUGCAAUCCGGGACAACCUAGCCCUGGGCUUCACAACGCGGUCCAAGGAUGCUGUACUUGCCAGAAUAAACAGUGGGAACUAUGAUGAUUACCUCGAAUUGGAACUGGUAAAUGGAAACGUGUUUGUGGUGUACAACAUGGGGACAUCAGACCAUCCAAUUGGAGAACUGUUUGAGCGUGUGAACGAUGGGAAAUACCACAUAGUCAGGUUUACAAGAAAUGGCGCCAACUCAACCAUCCAAGUUGACAACGCCAUGAUGCAGACGAAGAACCCCCGAGGCGCUCAGCUGGAAGUGUUCAAUGACCAGGCAGAGGUUUUGAUAGGUGGAAAACGAGACAAAGAUGGGAACCUCAUCAAACCCUUCGAAGGAACAAUAUCAGGUCUUGUCCUGAACAGCAUGAGGAUACUUGAUCUAGCCAAGGAAGGGGAUUCCAGGAUAAAUAUACAAGGCGAUGUACGGCUUAAGGAGGAAGAAAGCGGAAAGAAGUCUGAGACACACAAAAACAGGAACACCAUACCAGACGAGUCUGAAAUGCAAUCAACAAUGGGGUUCAGGCUAACUGAAAAUGGUGAACCAUGGACCAAGUAUUCGCAAGUCACCACCCCUCUGCCGAGUGACUCAAAGGCACAUAAAAAACGAUCCAUUAUGGACAAUUGGGAAAUGGUCAACACCAAUAAACUGCGACAUUCACAAAGAAAACAUAAGCGUAGAGACAGAAACUUGUACAAUAGACAGUUUCGGUUGCUUGUAUUGGGUGACAGAGAUCCUGAUGACAAUUCUAUGAAAAGGGACUGGGAAGUUGGAAAAUCACGUAAUCAAAGAACCCAUGGUCGAAAGGGGACAACCCCUGAUUGGCGACAAGACGAUCAAAUUGCAUCUAAUGUUCCUCAAAGGGUCUCAUCAGAAGAAGGAACCUGCCAUUUUGAAGCAGGAGGAAGUUUUGUGGAUAUGGAAGGUCAUCGCUUUCAGGAGGGGAGUGGCGGUGACACACCCGAAAUAGACCCUGAGGAUUACUCAGACUAUGAUACAAGUACAGAAAUUAUUACAACUUUAUUGAUGUCUGACCCACCAUCCACAACCCCUGAUGAACCGGAGGAAGAGCCUGACACUUCUAGUGUUACCAAGGUUUUGGUAUUCAAGCCAAAAGAUAAUGAAGUACAUACACCAUUGUCAAAGAACAGAACUGAAGAGACAUCUCGCCACUUCGUUUGGACAAACAGAAUGGCUGGACUGUUGAGUACAAUUGGACCAACGUCAACUUUCAUGCAAACGACACCAAAGCUUGGUGUGACAGAUGACAUAAUAUUUUCUGGAGCUGGCCCUGGCUGUCACAGUGAUGACGAGGAUGAUUGUACCUCAGUGGGCUCCGGCACAGAGGACGACAUCAUCACUCCAACAAUCAUCAUUAAAACUACACCCGCACCACCUACAACCACUACAAAAAAACCAACUUGGAAACCACCAUGUGUUGGAUCCAAAUGUCCCCGGACAGAAGAGGUUAUGAGUUCAACAUCUAACCGUGGAACAAGCCUUGACCCUGAGGGUAAUGACGGUAGCAACACAGGCCUUCAUCCAACAGGGGAGACAAGUGGGGGCUCGGUGGCCAACAAUGGAGGCGGUACUCCUGUCAACAUUGGACUCAUCAUUGGAAUAGCAGCAGGGGUUCUGGUUGCUAUUCUCAUAUUAAUAUUUGCACUGUACAAAUUUCGCAGUCGAGAUGAAGGAACAUACAAAGUGGAUGAAAGUCAGAACUUUUCCUAUCUGGAAUCUAAAAAGCAACAAGGCAAUGGAGCUUUGUUAGGUAAAGGAGAAGAGACUGGCAAAAGAGGGAAGAAGAAAGAUGUAAAAGAAUGGUAUGUCUGAGUGGAGAAACAGUCCCUGAUCCUUGCCAACAUUCUUGGAGUGGUGAAGAAUGUCUUUGAGUUGUGAUAAGAAGGAUGAUGUCAUAAAAAUGACUUGUCACAGUGUUAUCAGAUGGUACUUAUGUUGGUAGUAGAAUCAUUCAAGGGAGGAUUAAUUGGUGGUGGCAGAGUUUUACUGCUCAUGCAAAACUCAAGAAUUGUAAGACAAGAACUUCAUCAACAAAUUGAGUGUGAGAUACUCAGAUUUGUAGUCAUGAAGAUUGCUUCUUGGAGAAAGUUGACAGAAACAAUGCGAUUGGAUUAAUUCUGUUACGACUGCAGCUAAUGGAAGGAAAUAACUCCAUUACAAAAAUGACCAUAAUAUGAUAUAUCAUUAUGUGGGCAUACGUGUUCAUACUACUUACAAGAUACAGAUAAUUGCUCACAUGUAUAUCAAGGUGCAUUGCUGGUGAAUAGAAAUCAAGGUGGACCUGUUCAGUGUUGAAGGAGAAAGUGAUGUGAGUGACUGGUGAUAGGACGCUGGCUGGCGAGUUUUGGGAGCAGUUGUCUCCCUUGUUGUAUCCUGACUAUUCCUCCAUGCCAUACAUGUUGAUUGCAAAUGUGAUCCGAAAAAUGAGUGAACGUGGUGCUGAGGUCGUGACCUUCAGGUCAUACACAUGACCUAUCCUUGUUGACUCGUUAACUAAUCUGAAUCUGCUGUGCGGUGCAUUAGUGUACUUGAGAGAUUUAUGGAAAUGUAUCUACCUUAAUUUGAUUAUUGUGAAAACACUCUGGGUUGUUACAUUGGAAAAUAUUAAAGUCUCUCGUGCUUUAUUGUGUUGUUACUAUGUUAAAGUGUUAUGACAAUUUUGAUUUACAGCAUCGGUUAUUGUGUUAAUUUUCAGGUAAAAAGUGUAACAUUGUGUCAUAUGAUUAGUAGAUCAGCUUUACUUUCUACAAGUUACAAAUAUAACUAAGCAUGCAGCUAUAUGAUAUGUUUUGUUUGAAGUUGUAACAACCUUGAGGUGUUUUGCUAUAAUCUAUUCUCAGGUACUCUCAAGGAAAUAUUCAUAUUAACAAAGGAUGCAAAAACAUUUUGCAUUAUAGAUAUACCAUAACACAUUAUAGGCAAGAAUAUUGACUAUUUGCACAUAUCUUAUUAACAACUUUUGUUGAAUUUUGUUUUUGUUUGAUGUUAGUGGUUGAUACAACAUGUACUCAGAAUAUACAUAAAGUGCUCUGCGGUUCCAUUUUAUCUACCAUCUUGACGACAAAAAAUUAUUUAUGAAAAGAAUGAUGAAAAUACUGAUCUAACUGAUAUAACUCUUUGAAUGUCAAAUUAAUGUCUAGUUUCAACUAAAUCAAAAUAUGUGUUGAAUUUUAUUUUCUACAUACUUUUUUUAUAUGAUCAGUUCUUGCAACUUCCUCUUAUAUUGUGCUUAUUAGUAUUGCAAAAUAUUACUAUUGCUGACAUUUGAGAUACCACAUAUCAUUCUAACCUCAAAAAUAUGAAGGUUGUUAUGUUCCUUCUCAUUUUUAGUAUAUUAAGUAUUUGGCCCUUGGUCUAUUCUUCAAUAUUAUGAAUAGUGCAACUUAGAUAUGGAUCUACACUAUGUAUUAAUUAAGCAAUAAUGUAAGAUACAUUGACCAAAUUAAAAUUUAUAUUACAAGUCAUAUUUGAGAGACCAUAAUGUUCGAUGAUCAUCUUAUUGUUUAAAUGUUUAUUUGAACUAUUUUGUUCAUCAGUCCACAAAUGUUUAAGAUAAUUGAAAAUGUCAUUACUUGAUUUUGGUUUAGUACUAACAUUCACAAGUUAAAACACCAAUAAUACAAAUACUGCAUAAUUUCUGUGUGAAAGCUUUAAUAUUAAAGUUGUGUAUUUAUUUUCAUUAAGUAUACACAGAUAUUUACUGUUGAGUGAUACUGAGUAAUAUUCCAUUUUUGCUGACAAUACAAUGCAUUCCAAAAUGAUAUUAGUCAUUGGAUAGAGAAUGUGUUGCAAGAUGAUUUCAGGAAUUUGUUUUCCUAUAUUGUUUCCACCUUUUCCAAAGAAUUGAAGUGAACUAUAAAUGACCAAUGUUAUGUCAGAUGUUUUUAACCACUUUUUUCCUUUUUUGGUUAUUUUCAAGGUAUCAUCUUUUGUUAGGUAUUUUAUCAAGACAUAUAUACUGACUGAUUAUUUUACUUUUUUAUUGUUGCAAAUUAAACUUCAACAAUCCAUUUCAAACAAAGCAACAAUUUAUUUUUGGGGUUUAAUACCAAUUAAUGAUAUUCAGUUUCAGUAAGUUCUUUCCUGUGUGUACAACUAGUUGUGAUUUUACAGUGAUGAAUGCGCCAUUCAAAACUGACUGUUUAACAGUAUUUGUAAAUAUCAAUGUCACAAUUUUUGUCCUUUCAUAAACCUCUUUGUCCAAUUCCAGUUGUUCCAUAUUAUGUUAGCAGAAUGAUCUGUAAAAUAAAAGCAUGUGAACAUUGUAGAUAUGUAUGUUUUUUGAAGAUGUGAAUGUGUUCAUGUGCUUCUCGUCUUCAUUGUUGCAGCUGUAUGCUUGUACAAUACAAGUCACCGUUAGAUAUAUGAGUGUGUGAAUGCUGGAGCACUGUCUCCAUGUCCAGUACCUUUCAAAGCUAUAUCUACUUCCUAGUUAUUAUCUUUGGCUUCAUGAAACUAAAUAAAACUUGUCAUUUGUAGUUAGUAUCAUUUCAAUUUAAUGCCUUGUAAUGUCAUUGUUAAAGAAGACUAUACUGAAUAUCGAUAAAACACUUUCCGCAGAUAUAUAGGGACAUUCUAUAUGAUAGGAACUUUUAAAAUUUCCCCAUUCUAAUUUCUAUGUAUGUCUUUCAAUACAUGAUGUGUUUUAUGAUUUCACAGAGGGUUGACAUAAUACAAAUAUAUCAUAUACCAUUGAAUAUCUGCUAACAAGACCCCGUUAUUGGUUGUAUACAUAAGACUAAGUGAUAUUUAUUCUUGGUUGUCAGGCUCCAGUUAUACAAAUGAAACACCUAUUUAGGAUAACAUUGAGUAUCUGUUUUAACAUGAGGAAUGAAAUCCCUUUCUUGGGUAGCAGUCUUCACUUUUUCAAGAAAGACUGUCUGCCUGCACUACUUUUGUUCCGAAAGCCUGAGAAUCAAUUAUAUUUCAUCCUACUACAUGUACAAACAAGGAGCUAACAAUGUCAGCAUUGUAUACAUAGUGAUAUAUACUGGAUCAAAUUAACAACUUUUAUCCCAUAUCAGGAUAGUGAACAAAUAAUGUUAACAGUGGUAAAUGAAACAUAAAAAAAAUUAUGAAUUGAAAAUGGUAACAUUUGUUGUAUGGUAACUUAACAAAAUAACGUUAUAAUAUUAGUAAUAUUAAAAGGCAACUUAUGGAACUGAUAUAUCACUAGAUGGAUUACAUUUUAAUGACAGAUCGUGUACAGUAUCAGUUCUCAAUGUAACUAGAACAUUUUACAUUGUAUAUUGUGUUUUGUAUUAUACAUAUACAGUUGAAAUAAACGUUUUUGUAAAUAAGCAA